AUGGAAAGUACAAUGAUGGAAUUGAAGAAGAAAGUGUCUACUGGUAUCCAUGGACAAAUUCAUACGAAGGUGAUCCAAAGACGGCUAGAUGGAUCAAUAGAUUUCUACAGAGACUGGUCAGACUAUAAGAAAGGAUUCGGAAAUGUUUCAGGAGAAUAUUGGCUUGGUAACGACAACAUCUUUAACAUCUUAAAUGGAAAGUCGUAUAGUUUGAGAUUCGACGUACAAGAUUGGUCUGGAGAAUGGCGCUAUGCUCAGUACAAGAUUUUCAAACUGGCAGAUGAGUCUAAAGGUUAUGAAAUAACAUUAGAUGGGUACACUGGGAAUGCUGGGGAUGCAAUGUUGGGAAGUCUUAAGUAUUUAACCGAUACACGAUUUUCAACCAAAGAUCAUGACAAUGACGACAUGCCCACAGCAAAGUGUACUGACCAUACGAAUGGUGGAUGGUGGUAUCAGGGUUUGCCAGGGCGGUGGUGCACCAAGGUCAACCCAAAUGGAAGGUACUUUGGUGAUGCAAGUACAACUAGUACACCAUUGUCCAAGGUUAAUGGUGGGUUUAGUGCAUACCAGAAUGUUCAAUCCCACUACAUUCUGUUAGCAGCAGCAUUUUUUACUGGUUAUCGUUGA